AUGCUGCCCUCAGACUCUUCAUCCUACAGCUGCAAGCUGCGCAAGCGUCCACUCCGCCAUGUUCAUUCGAGCUAUGGCGGUGGAGCGACUCCAUCGUCAGUAAUUGCCCGCGCUCUCAUUGACGCUGCGGCAAAGUCCGCCGACUGCCUCAUUGGCUGUGCCCUCGCGUCACAUCGGCUCAAUUCUUCCAAGCCUUGCAACCUGCUCCACCUCACUCUACUAUCGACGCUUUCCAGAAGACACGCACGGGCGCCUAUGGAAGCUACCAAGUGGGUCCUCUCCAACGACGACCUGCCUGCUCGGCCUCUGCGCGGCAACCACUCAAGGGUCUGGUCACUCUCUGAGCCCGCCUCGUCUGCAUCUGCUUCUCUUACCCGCCACUUACCCGGCCGCUGGAAAAUUGCACAAGAAAAAGUCCGGGGAAUGCAAUAUACACAUCUACGAAUGAGAACCCCCGCCUAA